GUGGAGUUGCCUGGGAGACCGUGACGCCGCCAUUCAAACCGCGCAGCAUGGCAUGUUGGGAUACCUCUUCCCAUCAUGGCGGAUCAGUUAGUUGGUUAACGUUAACGGUUAGCAUAUUCAGCGAUUGUUUGGUCCCGCACAUUUUAGGACCGCAGCCAUCUGGCAUUUUCUACACAGGAAUUGCAGCCAUCGAACAUAAACUGGUAUUGAGUGAGGGAGCAGCACACCAGUGACAUUAAGGGGGCCUUUUAUAAAAUCAGGGACAUCGGCACAAUGGAAUGUGCAGUGGACAUCCCGUCAGGUGAGGAUGAGGCACCAGAGAAAGAUGACAUGAACGCCAAGGAAGGGAACGAGCCGCCCCAUAAGAAAAACAAGAAGCACAGAAAACACAAGAGCAAGAAGAAGAAGAGGAGGAGGAAGGGUGAAAAGGAAAGCAGUUCAGAAUCUGGCGCGGAGUCCGAUGUAGAACUACCACCCCCACCAAGACCUGUCCGGACCACCAGGGCCAGUGCCAGACUGGCAGCAGCUGCAGGAGCUGGAGACCAUGCUGGGUUGAAGGAGGAAGGUAAAAGGGAUGUAAUUACAGAUCGUGUGGACACGGAGGGAGAUGCAAAAUCCAAAAAACACAAAAGACAUGCUGCCAAGAAGAAGAAAAAGAAGAGGAAGAAAGAUGAAAAGCAGGAAAAGAAAUCCCCAUCUCACUCCCCAACUGAAAGCAGCUCCGCUUCAGGUUCUGAGUCUGAAGGUGAAGGAGGUAAAGGAGCUGGUGAUGGCAAAUACUCUCCAGCUGCAGCAUCUGACCUGCAAGAACCAGUAUCCAAACUGGGUUCAAAAGGAAAACGAGGGGAGGAGAAGGGGGUUCCCAUCCUCAUUAAGAAACCUGAAUUGCUUGGAGUGAAGAAAGAGGAGAUUUCAAAUAUAGAUGUGUCCCCAACUGGAGGGAAGGGCAGUAACACCAACGGAUCAGAAAAGGAUAUGAGACUGCCCUCUGCAGGCCAGGAUGAGAUAACACAGACAGCCACAGUUAGGGUUAAGACAGAGGGCAGUCAUGGAGAUGGUGCAUUCAGCCAUGCCCAGGAACUGCCUGACAUCAUCCCUAAACAGGAAGGUGCAACCCCAAGAGAUGACCCAGACCUGAAAGAUCAGGCCAAUUCAGUUCAGAGAGCAAAUGUAAAGGAACGCGAAACAUCCAGGUCAUCGUCUCCUUCUCCUUCCAGGAGCCUAGACAUUAAGAGGUCUGGGUCAAGUCAUAGUCAUUCACCAACACCUAGUCCAAAUAGGCAGCAGUCUGGUGCUCAGACAGCAACAGCAAUGAAAGAACGGUCAAGAACUCAUUCCAGAUCAGCCUCAAAGGGAAAACGGUCUACAACUCCUCUGAAGAGUCAGCACCUGUCCCGCUCUAAGUCCCGCUCUCAGUCCCCUAAACCCUGGAGGAAGUCGCUCUCCCCAUCGCCCAAGUCACCCAAGAGAGCUAGCUGUCAUUCCCGGUCCACGUCUCGCUCCCUCACCCCCAAGAAGAAGGUGUCAAAGUCUCCAAGGAAGUCCAAGUCUCCUAAACGGCGGAGAAAUUCCUUGUCUAUUUCCCCAAAGCGACGCCGGAGUUCCCCCUCUCCUAAAAGAAAGGUUUCACGAUCCCCUAAACGUGGUGGGCGCAGAUCUCCCUCUCUGUCUCGGUCUCCAAGGAGAGGUCGAAGGUCAGAGUCGCGUUCCCGUGGAGGCACAAGGCGCUCGAGGACCCGAUCACCCAGACGAGGUGGUGCAGUUGGCAGGCGUUCACCGUCACGAUCCAUCACUAGAAUGCGCCGCUCCUGCUCUAGAUCCAGACGCCCUGUUCGUCGCUCCAGGUCACGAACACCGGCAAGACGUGCAGGAGGCAGGCGCUCCAGGAGUCGAUCCUUGUCUCGACGUAGGAGGUCACCACCCCCCAGAGCCCGCCGCUCACGCUCCCGGUCGAUCCGCAGGAACAGGCGGACUCGAUCCCGUUCCAUUGUAGUCCUCAAGCGCAGCCGUCGCUCCAGAUCCAGGAGUCCCCGCAAACGGACCAAAUCCAGAACCCCUCCCUCCCGACGGCGGUCUAAAUCCAGGUCACCAGUCAGAAGACGCUCUCGGUCCCCUGCCAGGAGAAGUCGUUCUCCACCAAGGUCUGGCAAACGCUCCAAAUCCCGCUCGUUGACUCGAAGGCACCGGUCAAAGUCACACUCACCUGUACCUGGCAAGAGGAGGUCCAAAUCUCCCAAGAAGACUGGAAGAAGGUCAAAAUCUAAAUCAGUCUCUGUGGGCUUGAACAGAUCUAAGUCCAGGUCCAGGUCUGAGUCAAGUGAUGGGCAGUCUGACAGCUCCUCCCCAGGCAGAUCCACAUCUUCCUCUCCUGUAAAAACAAAGAAGCUUUUGUCUCCUAAGGCAGAGCAGACAGCUGGAGAAAGUGAAGGAAUUUCGGCUGCAGCAGUUGGUUGGAAACCCAUGCCCUCGGCAGAUGCCUCCAGCCCCCAAGCUGGGAGCUCCUCAGAAAAACUGCAAGAGCAGAUUGCUCCCAACCAUGACAAGGAGCGGAGGGAGCGUACCAGCUCAUCCACUGAACGAGAUGUUUCCAGGUCCAGGUCUGCUUCCCAAGAGCCUAACCCAGAUGGGUCAAAUUGUUCCGAAGGUUCAGAUGAAGAAGAGGAUUCUUCUUCUCCAGUUAAAAUGAUAUCUAAACGCCAGAGAAGCUCCUCAUUUUCAGCAUCUCCAGAAGUUCAGAAGAAGCAGCUGUCCAAGUCCCAGUCACCUAUGGAUCGCAGGAAACUUUCACGCUCAACUUCAUCGCCUCGACGAUCAACAUCCAAGUCUACAUCAAGAAGGAAGAAAUCCAGGUCCAAGUCUCCAGUAAGGAAAAAAGAAUCUGUCUCUCCAUUAGAAAGGAAAAAGCGACGGUCUAAAUCUCCUGCCAGGCGGCGGCGCUCCCGUUCAGCCACACGGCGUAAGCGUUCAUCCUCAAAAUCACGAACCAGAACCCGCCGGUCCAAGUCUCGCACUCCAAUUCGCAAGAGGCGAUCCCGGACCCGUUCACCCAAUGCCAGAGGGAGGAGGAGAUCCAAGUCUACAGACAGGAGCAAGCGAUCCAAGAGCCGCUCCACAGGCCGAAAGAAAAGGUCCAGGUCAGGAGACAGAAGCAGGCGAUCUAGGUCUCGUUCCUCUGAUCGUAGACGCAGGUCUAGAUCAAGGGGUCGAGGGAGACGCCCGGUAUUUCGCAGUCGUUCGUUCGAUAGACGGGACAGGUGGAAGAGGGAACCUAGCCACUCUCCAGUUCUCAUCCUGCGCAAACAGCGCCGCUCAGGGUCCCGGACACGACGCAGCACCAGCAAGACUCCUCCACGGCUCACUGAACUGGAUAAGGACCAGCUGCUGGAGAUAGCAAAGGCUAACGCUGCUGCCAUGUGUGCAAAGGCGGGGGUUCCCAUUCCUGAGAGUCUUCGGCCAAAAGCCAUCCUCCAGCUCCCCCUACCCACUCCAUCUCCUGCCCCCCUCUCUUUACCUCUACCUUUACCUCUCCCAAUGGGCAUGGGGAUGCCCAACAUGCCGAAUAUGCCCAACAUGGGUCCAAUGGGUAUACCCAAUAUUCCAGGAAUGCCCAGCAUGUCAAACAUCACCAUGAGUGCCGCUAUGGCAAGUAUGACAGCAGCUACUAUGACAGCUGCCUUGACCAACAUGGGUGCCCUGGCGGCCAUGCCUCCCCUUGCCCCACUUCCUACCAUAACUAACAAGCCUCCCCCGUGCCUCGCCCCCCCUACACCAACUCUUAACCUGGACCACAUCGAGGAAGCAAAAAGGAAGGUCACUCAGCAGGCUAACAUACACACCAUCAAGGAGCUUACUGAGAAGUGUAAGAUGAUUGCAAAUAGCAAGGAGGAGAUGGCCAUUGCUAAACCCCACGUCUCAGAUGAUGAAAGCUAAAACCGCCAAGCCCUCACGCCACUCCCAUCAAAGGACUGAAGGAAAUUGUAAAAAAUACUUUACAAGAGGACCUACCUUUCCACAGUUCCCUUUGGCAGCCAGAUAACCUGACUGAGCCUCAUAAACCACAAAGAAGAAGAGCACCCUAGUUGUCACAGUUACAAUAUAGGAGAACCGGCACCAGCCACUGCCCCACUCAGCUCCCCAGUUUGUUUCUGUUUGUGUGAGAGAGCGAGAGACUGGCAGACUGUCACCUGUGAUACCACUGAGAAAAACUGGACACACCGACGUGUGUACAGUUGUAUGACUGUAUAGUGAGUCUGUAUGUGAAGUGUGUGUUUGUGUAUGUGUGUAUAUAGUGAUUUUCACCACCAACCCCUCAGUGUUGCUGCUUGUUCAAGCAGUCACUGUCGUAAAGACUGAAGAGGAAACAAACCAAACUAACUAGUGGCGCGAGUGUUUUGUAAAAGAUUAGUUUCUCUAAAUUUGUUUUACUUUUAUGCUUUCUUAAACGAUUGUGUUGAGUGGAGAUUGCCUCAUUGUUCUGCUGUAUUCCCUUGGUUACCUCUAGUCCCUGGUUUUAUAAACAAAUAUUGCAGACAAAGUUUUGGUAGAACCUCACAUGUGAUUUGUAGAGUGUCAACAUGUUGUGAAUCCUUGAACAGGGUUCCAGAUCUGAUUUAUUUUCAAGGAAGGGAAUAAAUGAAUAUAUUGGCUAUAAGAAGGUUUGAGUUUUGGCUAUGAGAAAGAUGAUCAUCUCCGUUCACAAAACAAAAAUAAUUCAGUUAGUACUGCCCUGGGUGUGAAUUUCUUUACCUAUAUUUUAAAUGACACCAAGCUAAUCUUUGACCCUAACCUGGUCUUUCAUUUAGGGCUUUGUUGGGAUUUCCUCUAACUAGGAACCAUGUUUGCUGUAGAUUUGAAUGGACAUUUCAUCUUGCAAAGUUUUAAUACCAACAUCCUAACAUGAGUUGUUCAGUGUUUUGCAAAAGACCAUACGAUAUAAUUUAAGAUGCAUAGAAAGCAUCUUGUAUAUUAUUAUUUGCAGGGAAUUGCAAUGAUGACAAUUUAAAAGUAGGACAAACAUUUGAAAGGUCUGUGUUUCUAUCAUUUGUCAUCUGGAUUUGACUUUUGGAGCAAGUGUCAUUUGAAAGCAGUGGUGGUUGUUGGCUGUCUUGGAUGUCCUAGAUGUUUGGACAUCAGCACAGUACCUAACAUAACACUCGACACUAGUGUUAAAAAUCCAGAUUCAGAUCACAACUAAGAUCUGGUUGACUUCAGCUAUAUCAGUCUAACAAUUUAUUAGGGGUGAAAAUGCAAAUUCUCUUAAACUUCAUUCUGUAAAUUGAGGUAAUUAUUGCUUGUUUAGGAGAACGUUUCUGUUUCACUGUUUGACAGAAUACAUGAUUAAAAACUGUUUUUGAAUACACUUAA